AUGAGUUCCAAGCGAGUUAUCCGAUCUUAUUCUGCCAACGGCCGCUAUUCUUUUGACACUAACGAGGAGGUUGAACCUCCUUCCAGGGGAGAUGCCAGCCGCAAUUAUUUCCUCAACGUGCGACCUGAGAACAGGCAAACGUUUUGUAACAUCAUUGCUCAGAUAACCGAAGAGACCCAACCAGGUUUUGAAACCACACUUAAAUCCUACGCAAUAUCUGAGAAUACCGAUGUCAAGUUUACCUGCAUUGUGACAGGUCACCCAGCACCAGAGCUCACAUGGUACAAGGAUGACAAGGAGAUGGACCGAUACUGUGGCCUACCCAAAUAUAAAAUUGUCCGCUACGGAAAGAAGCACUCACUUCACCUGUACAAGUGUACAGAAGACGAUGCAGCCAUUUACCAAGCUUCUGCCAGGAACAAUAAAGGGAUUGUGUCCUGUUCUGGCACACUGGAGGUUGGCACCAUGACCGAGUACAAGAUUCAUCAGCGAUGGUUUGCCAGGCUCAAACAGAAAGCGGAGAUCAAAAGGCGUGAAUUGGAGGAGACACGGAUUAGGGGAAAGGAGAACAUGGCUCACACAGCCAACACUCAACACCAAAAUCUCCUGAGGACUGUGAGUCCAGAGAGGGUCCAGCGGAAACGCAAGUCACAGAGCGAGGCCAAUGCAAACUUACCCGACUCUUUGACCGAUAAAGAUGAUGUGGUCAAAGUGCGCAUCCCUGAUCCUGAGGCAGUGUCACACAAGAACAUGGCGGGUAUGCCAAGCACUGAUACAAUGAGCAAACCGACUGCAUCAGCAUCUGAGGUUCAAAAUGGCUACUUGAUGGGUUCCCAAGGGGCCCAACCUGUCGCGGUCAAAGAUGGAAAACCACCAGUGAAUAAUUCACUGGAGGAUCUGGUUGAAAAUGGCAUUUCGUUAAUUGAUUAUCUCUACCAAACAACUGAGCUUGUUAGGUCACAACCCACAGGGAAGGAGUUUGCAGCAAGUAAGAAGAAGAGGAAGCUUUCGAAAGAAGAGAGUGAACUAUCAGUGAGAAAAGCUGAGGAGAGCUCACAGGGUGAUGAAAGUGUACUAAACGAUAUCGAUAGGAACAAGUACGCUGGCACUUUAUCACAGUGCUUCCCUGAUACUUUGAGGGAAAACAUGAAAUGUGGAGAUCCUCAACCUGUUAAGUCUGGAGAUUACAUGAAGAUUGAUGAGCAGGCAUCAUCAAUGAUGUUAGGACAGAGGCAACACUCAGCAGUGCCUUCAAGUCCUAAAGGUGUAUUCCCUGGGAAGGAAAAGGACCUAAUGUCAAUAGAUUGCCAGUCACCCAAGGUCACAGAACCUGAAGUGACUAAGUUCACAAAUGAGUCAUCUGUUGAUCAAGAGCCAGUGUAUUCUAGUCUCCAAACUCCUGUCAAAGAUACUUAUUUCUCUAUGAAAGAUAUGUUCUUUGAAACUGUUCAGGAACCUGAGAAGCAUAGGCAGCUACACUUACCUCAAGCUAUGGAGACUAACGACCAGGCUAACUCCCAGGAUCAUGCUAACCAACAGGAGGCAAGUUCAGCUGAGAGCAUUAAUGUGCCAUACUUAAUGGAUGUGAUACCGAGAUGUGAGCCUAAACAAGCCAAGGCAUCUGAGGAUCUGCAAAAUAUGGGAACAAACAUGCCCGAGAUGGACAUUGCAAUGCCCUGUGACCACUCAGAAAUUCAAAAUAAAGGCACAUUUGACAAUAACAUAACCAGCAAUAUUCCGCAGUACUCUGAAGUAAGAGGGUCUAGCAUUGAGCCUUUGGAGUGUGGUGUAAAUUCCGUGGAUGUGUCUGAUAAAGCAGUUCAAGAAGAUUUUAGUCCCCCUCUCUGUGCUUUGGAUGCGAUGCCACAAUCUGCACUCCAGCCCUUGUGCAUGUUGGCAGACAUUCAACCUGAAGAUGAACCAAAUGCUUCACCUCCACCAGUGCAAGUGGACCUUGCAGAAGGGCUGAAACCAGCCUUGCCAACGCAGCAGUUGGCUCAGGAAGUUCUUUCUGAGACUGAGGUAUCUAAAGAGCAGGCAGAAUCUGAUUUCUCACCUAUUUCGGAGAGUACUGGAGAUGUGUGCAGUGUUAAUUCCUUUAAUGGUGAGUGGGAGAAAUUGGAUUUCUUGAACACCUCUGAGCAAAGUGACAUCUCAGAUGAGCCUCGCACGCCGGAGACCACAACUUCGGAAGGGACAAAGCUGGACCUAAGAGAUUCCCCCAGCGAGGACAUGUUACUGCCCCCAAAAGACGAGGAAACACAGCCAGACACAGGGAGGAGAAGCCAGGUCACUCAGCCCAUCUACCAGCAAGAUCUGGGCCUUAAAAUUGAUGUUGAAGCAAUGGAGGUCACCAGUACUACAAGUGAUGAUCAAGCCCCAAUUGAAGACAAACCUCAAACUGCAGGAGAGGGCCCUGUUCCUGUGAGUAAUGUGGUGCCUGAAGUGAAGGAAGCAAGAACCACAGCAGGCCCAGAUACGUUGACGGAAAGACCUUCCAUUGACUUAGCCCUUCCUUUUGUUGAAGAAAAUUUUGCUGAGGCAACUUCUACAGACAAAAAACUACCUGAGGAAAUGAUUGCUGAGAUCGAAGGUGAAUUCAUGAAGGUCGAUCGUACGGAAAAAGCAGGAGCUGAGGAGGAUGUGCAACGGGAUGUGUCCACAGACAGUUUUGGCGCCCACUUAGUUGAGAAGCUCCUAUCUUAUUUAAAGAUACCCAGUUUUCUGUUAGGGGAGAAACCCCCCACUGUCGGUGUUGGUAAACCAGAAGCAAUGCUAAAUAUCUCAGCUCUGCCUGAAGCGCACAUAAGUAAGAAUAAAUCACUGCCUAAGGAGUCAUUGUUAGAGAAAGAGGUUGUGCAGACUUUACCAACCGUGUUGCUGGCCAGUACUGAAGAUCUCCAUGUUAAUGAAGAACCUGCAUCUGCUGGACCUUUGGCAGGAACAGAUGUUGACCAUGUCAUGCCAUUACCGAGCACCAUGGAAGAACCUAAUGUGGACACUUUUACCUCAGCGCCACUUUUGAUGAAGACAAGCCUUGAUCCUGCCCUCCCUGCUGACACGCCACCAAGUUCUCCCGAACAUAACCACGCAACUGGUAUGUCAGAUACACAACCAUCUCUGCACCCAACAGCGGGGCAUUUGGAAAACCUUGAUGUUAGCCAUUCAGAGCUAAAUCUAAUGGUGGCACCAAAAGACCAAAACGUUGCAGAUACAUCUACUCUUUUGCCAACCUUGGAUGUUAAGAGAUUGGAAGAUGUAAGGGAAGGACAAGACAUGACUGCUUUCUCAUCUACUGAGGACAAAACUGACAAAUAUAUAGCUCCAUGUCUGGCAGGCACAACAGAAGAAAGCAGUGUGGUGAAGGAGGUUACUGGUGAGGGAAGUAAACGGUUGGAAGUGGCGUGUAUUCCAAGUAAUGAAACUGAAUCAGCUCUAAAACCGAUAAUACCAAGGAUUGAAGACACAACGUCAGACAAUGACUUACAGCAAACAAAGAAUAUCUCAGAUGCACAAGCACUCAAUACAAACCAAGUACCUUCCAUUGUAGUAGGUAAUGAAAUGUUUAAAAACACAGGAACCGCAAAGGUAGAGGACAGUGACGCAGCAAAGAAAGAUAUACCUGCAGUGCCACUUCUGCAAGCUCUGAGCACCAAAAUUAAGCUCAGUGAUGCCCAACCAAUCAUCCCGUCUGCCACACCGGCAGAGCUUGCUUCAGGUGCCCGCCGCAAAAUCUUCCUACCCAGAUCUAAGCAGCUGGAUGAUUCCGAGGGGCCAACUUCCGAUGUUCUUCACUUGCCAACUCAGCCAAAGAAAGAGGAGGCAGUGAAGAGAAUCCACCAGACACAAGGCGAUGUUGGCCACACAGAGGAGGAAUCGAGUCAGUUUUUGUUAGCGCCCAGGAGAAGUGGGGCCCUCUUGCAGGCCCCUGUGGUCCAGCAAACUGUGCCAAUGGAGAAACGCUCACCAACCUUGGCACGGAAGAUGGACACACUCGAAGUGCCGAAACUUCAUGAGGAACCUGAAGAUCAAAGUGGAAGCUCCCCAAAGACUAAAGGAGAGAUGACCAAGGAUGCCAAACCUACCUCCAUUAAAAGUGAGGUGAAAACAGAAGGGGGCAAAUCAACUAAGAACCCUUUUAAAGCUCCUCAGGUGAUUCGAAAGAUUAGAAUGGAGCAGUUUUCAGACGCCUCUGGGAAUCUGAAGCUUUGGUGCCAGUUCUUCAACAUUUUGAGCGAUUCUACAAUCAGAUGGCAAAAAGAUGGACUUCACUUGGACAAGUUGAAACGAAGUGUUGGCGACGAGAGUCAAGUGUCACUGGCAAUUGUACAGGCCUCAGCAAAGGACUGUGGAGUUUACAAAUGUGUUGUGGAGAAUGAAUAUGGUUCUGACGCCACGGAUUUUCUCGUCAGCAGUGAAGCGUUGUCUCGAUUUAUUUCAAGAGAAGACGUAGAAGUGGGCGAAGAAAUCGAGAUGACACCCAUGUUGAUCACCAAAGGUUUAACUGAUGAAGGGUUCUGGGGCAGCAAACUCUUUGGCAGAAUUAUGACAAAGGAGCUGCAUUUUGGUGAUGGAUUUCGGCGUAAAGCUAGCCGGGCGAAGGUUAUCUAUGGAUUGGAGCCGAUAUUCGAAUCUGGUGCUACUUGUAUUGUCAAAGUGCGGAACUACAUUUCUUAUGGGACCAAAGGUGAAAAUGGCCUUAUUGAAAGAAACCAUGAUAUCACUAUGCAGGAAUGUAAGCUUCAAAACACAGCAAGAGAAUACAGCAAAAUAUUUGCAGCUGAGGCUCGGGUGAUUGAAGCCUUUGGCCCAGUGCCAGAGGUAAUUCCAUUGCACUUGCUGUAUCGCCCUGCCAACAAUAUCCCUUACGCAACUAUUGAGAAAGAUUUGAAUGGGCAAUUCACAAAGUAUUCAAUGGAAGACAAGAGCAAGAAUCUGUCAGAGUCUGAAAUUGGACAGAAGUGUCACACCUUUCAACACUGGAUUUACCAAUGGACAAAUGGCAAUUUGCUAAUAGCUGACUUACAAGGAGUGGGACUGAAACUCACAGAUGUGCAGAUUGCGACAACUUCCAAAGGGUAUCAAGGACUCACAGGGAACUGUGCUUCCUCAGUUAUUGAAGAGUUUGCCACUGCCCAUCAGUGUAACCGCUACUGUGAGGCAUUGGGACUAAAAAGCAUCGAUAGCCUCCAACUAGCUAAGCCAAAAACAUCAAAGAGCCCACUGAUGACUAGGAAGGCUCACUCAACUCAGUCCAGCCCUCAAAUCCAGAGGAAGGGUCAUUCCAGCCCACAGCUCCAAAGGAAGGACCCUCAAUCUAGCCCAUUGGCCCAACGGAAAGGCUUGUCCAGCCCACAGGCCUCUCGAAAGAGCGCAACAAGCCCCAACCUUGCUCGCAAAGCAGGCAACACAGAGGACAGCAGUCGGCAAAUCAUAAAACACAAAACUGUGGAGGUCCCUAAGCCCGUCAAACUGCGGUAAAUGCGUUGGAACAACCAUUCAUCAGAUUGCGGCAGGGUAUCAAGCACUUUUUAUUUUUGCAAGCAAUUGUUUAAUGUGGAAAGAUUUGAGUCAAAUGAGGGAUUCAAGAAACCAAUGAAAGUUAAGUGUCAUCAGCAAUAAUGUCCCCGGGUACUUAAUGUCCGCCAGAAACUUUGUAGGUUUUAAAUUACUAGUCAGAUCGUGGGUGGGUGAUAUUGAGUUACAGGCGGUUCCUUUGGGUGCCUCUGGAGGUGCAUUAAACCAGCAGUGUUCUGUGUCCAUCAGCAGAACCCUGAGGUUUGCU